UCUUCAUCACUUGAGGUCUCGACCACUUUCUUUGCUUUGUGGUCUUUGUUCUUCUUAGGGUUGUCUUGUUCAUUAGUGAUCAAGGCAUGAGAGUCCCUUGACUUGAUAGGGGCUUCUUCGGACUCGUGUUGUUGAAUCUUUGCAAAUAAUUGAUGAGGCGUCAUAUCCUCAUAGUCAUCACGAUCCCUAAUCAUCCUUGCAAGACUUUUAUCCUUUUCUUUAUAUGCUCUCAUGAAUAAUCUUGUGACCUUGGAGUCACUCCAAUCUUCACUCCCAAGUACUCUUAUUUUGUUGACCAACACCAUCAACCGAUCAAAGAGUGAUUGAAGCGACUCACCCUUUGUCCAAUCAUAUCUUGCAAGCUCACUUUCCAAAGCUUCAACUCUAUGUCUCUUAGCUUUGGGAUCUCCUUCAUUUGACAUUUUAAGAAUAUUCCAAAUGUCACAGGCAUCUUCUCUUCCUUGAACUUUCCGGUAUUCUUCCGGACAAAGACUUCCUUUAAUUAUGCUCACUGCUUGAGCAUUGCGAUGAACCUCUUGCAUCAUUUCCGGAGUCAUCUCUUCUCCUUGGGCGGGCUUAUACAUACCUACAUUAACAAUCUCCCAAAGACUAGGAUGCACACCGAUUAAAUGCGACUUCAUCUUGUCGGCCCACUCGUCAUAGUUCAACUCACUAAGAGUUGGUAACUUUUCAAGUGGGGCGGAAGAGAAGUUGGGAAUAUAAUUUCUAGAGUAAUCGAAUUGAACUUUGCUAAAUUCGUUACCUUUGCUUUUGGUAGAUGAUCCUUCGGUGUUGAGACUUACCUUGCUCAAUACCUUAGACACCAAAAGAUCCACUAGAUCGUCAUUGUAAUCAAAUGUUCCCUUACCUUUAUCUUCUUCGGCCUUUCUUCUUGAUUCUUCUUCUUCGGCCUUUUUUUUAGCAUCUUCCUCUUUCAUUUUGAGGAACAUUCUCUCGGCAAUCUUCAUGGCGAGGUCGAGGACCUUGGGGUCCACUUCCUCACCGGAAGAUGUGAUGGGGAUUUCCUCGAGGAGAGGAUCCACAUGGUCCCGUUGAGUAGACAUGAUCGUUUCCUCACGUGGUUAAGCGUAAAACGAGGUACGAAGUUCUGAUACCAAUUGAAAGUAGCCUAGAGGGGGGGUGAAUAGGCUAAUCUGAAAAUUUUCACAACAAACUUCGAAAGAUUGUUAGAUACACAGUUCGACUGGUGCAGGCCGGUUCAACAGCUACGUGCGCAAGUUGAACCACUCUGAACCAAUCCAACUGUUUUAUAAACUUUAGACUAAAAUCUACUCGAAAAAGUAUUUCGCAAGUUCUUGAGAGAAGUAAGAUAUAGCUAAGUGAGGAUGAAAAGAUGAAUAUGUAAAUGUUAUUUUACUUCUAGAUAAACUCUACGGAGAAAUCUUUAUGUCAAUCUUGCAAGUAAAAAUAUCUUAAGUUAAAACAAGCAAGAACACAAGACACAAGAUUUAAUCCGAGGUUCGGCCACACCACAAAGGUGUCCUACUCCCCGUUGAGGAGCCCACAAAGGGCCGGGUCUUUUUCAACCCUAAUCCUCCAAGAGCCGACCACAAAGGUCAAGGCAAUCUCUUCUUAUCUUAGCUCAAAGAGCGGGUGAUACAAACUUCUUAGGGUCGUCCACAAAUUUGGAGACUCCCAAGCAACCUCAAAAGAUCUUGAAACCUAGGGUUUCAAGAACACCAAGAACGCACAAGAGGGGUUUGCACAAGCUCAAGUCUUUGAAAGAGAGAUGGGAGAGGAAAACCAAAUCGUGAGCACAAGCACAAACCUCACACCCAAGAGCUCCUCCAACAAGGUUGAAUCUUGAAGAAGAUUUAAGUGUGAGAGAGAUGGAGAGAUGAGUGCUUUGUCUCAAGUUAGGUGAGCAAUAAAUGAGUGAGUGUUCAGCCGUGUUUAAGAAGAGAGAGAGGGGGUCUAUUUAUAGUUACGGCUCAAAAACUAGCCGUUUGACCAAAAACCCCGCUGAAAACCGGUUGAACCGCCCCCUGACAGGUCAGCAGUCUGUCUACCAGUCUGACUGCCAGACUGACUGAAAGACUGACCUGCAGGCGGGUCAGACAGGCCAGGACCGGUUGAACCUCCCCCUAGGGCGGUUGAACCGCCCCCCUGACACCCCUGGCGACCUGACUGCCAGUCUGACUGGCAGACUGCAGAUCAGAAGUCAGAGGGUCAGAGACCAGUUGAGCUGCCCCCCAGGACCAGUUCAGCUGGUCUAGACCAGAGAGUUUUGGAGAGAAAACCCCAGCUCAGCUGCCCUGGGGCAAGUUCAGCUGGGUAUGGUCAGAGAGGUCCAUAGCUGAAGUUGAAGUUCAGCUGGAGUUGAAAGUUCAACUCAGCUGAAGUCCAGCUCAGCUGAAAAGCUCAGUUGCAGCUGAAGAAGCUCAUCACAGCUGAAGUUAAGUUCAGCUGGAAAGCUCAGCUGCAGUUGAAGAAGUUCAGCUGCUUUUCAGCAAGAAUACUCUAAGUUUCUCAACCCAAACCAUGGUCAGCCAAAUAAAGUUAAAGUGAUUUUUGAUUUUCAAAAAUAGCUUUUGAAUUAGAGGACUUGAGCUAUAGCAAACACCUGUACCUGUGCGGAAAAGAACAAGGAAGAAUUACAUCAUGCAACACAAGAUUUUACAUAAAUUUUAUACGUCUGUUGCAUGAAGUCCUUGGUGCUUCCUUAAGUUCCUGUUUCCUUCUAAUCAAACACUGAGAACAAAAACUGUAUAAGGCAGAAUGUAAACAUCUUGAUACAUCUAGAUGUUAGUAAAGCACUUAAAGAUGGGAUGAAGCUUUAUAUUUCAGACAACAAAGUGAUCUUGACAGAAGGUUUUGGUUUUGAUGGCGUUGUCCCUGUGAAAUACUUUGAAAGAAUCGAAACAUGGCCAGGACGAGCUCCAAUACCGUUCCAAAGAUAACAGGCCAUGUUUCAGCAUUGCUAGUUCGUACGUACUGAAAAAUGAUUUGUCAUGAUGUAUCCCGGAGAACCAUUUUUUUUGGUAAUUCACAUACACUAUUUUGGGGGGUUGGCUUUUUUUUUUGGGUGGGGGGGAGUCACUUUGAUUGUGUUGGGACCUCUCAGAUAUUCGUUUGAUGAUUUUUGCAUACUCUGUGAAAAGCCGUGGUUCUUCGUGACCUUUUUUUUUGGAUUUUUGUGUGUAACGAAACCGAAAGACGAGCGAGUUCUUUUCUUCGUGCUUGUCAACCGUAUAUCCUAAUUAUCUGAAUUAGGCGAUGCAAAUCCAUGGCGCUUAGGACAUGAUAUCCGUGCAUGGAGUAUGAGAAGAAGUAUCCAGAGGAUGCAGCAAGCAGACCUUGAAAUGAAAAGUAUCAUCGAUCUGAGAGUUGCCUGCUGGCUGGGCUGGUGUCCUUCCUGUAAGUUCAUUACCAUCUCUGCUCCUGGUGUUAGAGCUGAUUGACGUGCGGAUGAUGGCUUUUAAAUUUUAAUGUCAUGAGGCUUGAUCAUUCAGAAAUACAGCAUAGCAGUUUGGCAACUUCCAGAAGCAUACGCCUGAGGAGCGCAACGUCACUUCGCCAAUAUUUUUGUGUAUGUGUGUUACCAAUCACUGGAAAAAUACUAACGUUUUUUUCCGGAAAUUUUGAUCAUUCGUUUUAUUCAAAAUAUUUAUUUAAAAAUAUAAAAUUUUAAGUCAAACAUAAACUAAUUUAAAUAAUAAAACAAAUUAUAAAAAUAAAUGAUAACUCAUUAUUUUUUAAGUAAAAUAAAUAGUUAUAAUUUUUUUAAAAAAUCAACGGUAUCAUAUAUUUAUAAAAUGGAGAAAGUAACAAUCUAUGCAAUAGCUUGUACAGACUAGAAUGAGAAGGCCACUUCCGCAGAAAAGAAGUGUGGGACAGGAGAUCAUAUUUGAAUCAGCUUGCCAGGUCUCAUUUGGUGGCACCCCAAAACUAGCUCAGUUCAGCGCUCGCUCGUGGUAAAAGGUUAACUAAUCUGCAUCACAAUCCACAUUAACACGACAUGGAUUCAAGCGAAUCUGGAUGAAGCUAAGGGCCUGUCUUUACUUCAAAAACUUCAGAUUUGAUUUUCCAGCUUCACCAUAAAAUAACUCCAACAAAUUAUUAAGGUGGGGUUUUCAAAAGCGUUUGGCUUGCAUAUGGACUAUAGCUUCUAUAUUACAAUUGAUUUACGUGAGUUUACUUAAUUAUUCUUAAUGAUUAGUGGCCUGUCGCGAGAGAACGGAAGUUGUAUGUUGCGUAAUCAGUGAUAUGGUAGGUAAUUUUCGUACAACUUCAUGAGGAGAUAUAAAAACAAUGUUUUUGAAGCACCCUUUAAAAAGCUUUAUGAAUUCAUGAAACUUGCCUCUAGUUUCAAUUUUUUUAAAGCUAGAGCUCGUGGAGCUGGACCUGUUUGGGUGAAAAAAAUUGGAACAAAGUUGAAAUUUUUGAAGUGAAGCUCUAUCAAACAAGACCUAAAUUAGGCUUGGUUUGGGAUGGAUUAGCAUGGAAAAUGAGCUGGUUUUCCACUUCUAGUCUUGCCCAGCUCAGGGCUUGUUCGGUUAGCUCUCAAUUCAUAUGGAUUGAGUGGGAUUGGGUGGGUUUAAAUCCCGAGCAAGUCAAACUUCUUCUUAAUUUUUUCCAAUCUCAUCCAAUCCAUGGGUAACGGGAUUAACCGAACAAGGCUUCAUAUGGAUUGGAUUGCAAUCAAAAGAUGUGGAUUUGAUUGGAUUCAGUUGCAGUCAAACAAGUCUAGGAAACAAUAAAAAGUUGCACUAUUUUCCACGAGGAUAGAUAAAUAUAUGUGUUACAAAUCCUUGUUCUGUUGUUUUAACGUUGAUAGAUAAAUACGUAUCACAAAUCCUUGUCCUGCGACUUUACAAUCGAUGGACGAAUAUGUGUCACGAAUCCAAAGCAGACACAGUUCCUGCUACGGACGGGUUUUUUCCCCCGAGAGGAGAUGAUUCUGGAAUCUAAACUCGACACGUGGGCCGUGGCGGGCCGGUGGCCGCAGCCUUGCGGCCUUGCCCGAACCGGAGCUUUUGACGGGCCCACUAUCAUUGACAAACCCCACCUCCCCGAAGGACGAAGCUCCGAUCCAACGGCCAGAUCACCUCAGCCACAUCCAACGGCCAGGCGGGGUCUCACCUCAACCUCCCCGCCUCUACAUAAAUGCCUCCACCACGCGAGCCUCAAAACCUAACGCUGUCCGCCGCCACCUCUCCUCCGGCAUCGACGAGGCGAAACCCUAGCGCCCGAGUCCCUCUCCCUGCUCCCACAACCCAUGGCGGCGGAUAUGGCGUACGCGCCGCCGAUGAAGGCUGGCAAGGCCGGGUUCGAGGCUGGCAUGAUGGAUCCACAGCACAGGAUCCGCAUCACGCUCUCCUCCAAGAGCGUCAAGAACCUCGAGAAAGUCUGCGGGGAUCUGGUGAAGGGCGCCAAGGGUAAGGAGCUCAAGGUCAAGGGCCCCGUGCGGAUGCCUACCAAGGUGCUCCACAUCACCACCAGGAAGUCUCCCUGUGGAGAAGGUACCAACACCUGGGAUCGCUUUGAGAUGAGGAUUCACAAGAGGGUGAUCGAUCUCGUCAGUACACCAGACGUUGUCAAGCAGAUCACCUCAAUCACCAUUGAACCAGGUGUCGAGGUUGAGGUGACUAUCAGUGACGCUUAAUAUGGUAGCCUUAUCAUUUCAAAAGGCUUCUAGUGAACAGGAUAUUUUCAAUUCCUAGUGAGAACUUGUGUAACAGAGGAAUCCAAGUAUUUCAUAUCAAAGUUUAAAAGUCUUAUCGAGGGUUCGCGGUAUGGAUGUAUCCUGUUUCAAAUGAUUUCUCCUAAUGUAUGAAUGAAAACGGUUAAUGGAUGCCCCAGUAUGCAUUGCUUUUCAUGACGUGAGAAAUAUAGAUUCUGUUUCAGAUGUUAUCA